CUCCUAGGGUUUAUGCAGCGCAACGAGGAAGACGACGACGAUGCAGAUUCAUCACUUUCGCUUCAGUCUCCGACUCCAUUGAAGUCUCUCUCUCUCUCUCUCUCUCCCUUCGAUCUUGAUGUUGUUCUUGCUCACCAUAGCUUUCCAAGGAUGAGGCUCCUCCGAUCGGUUUCCCCGCACUUGACCCGCGUCCGCCGUUCCCUCCGACCCGUCCCCUCCCUCCGCCGCGAGUUCUCCGCGGCGUCGCCGGAGAGGCCCCGGCGCCCCCCUCCCACCGACCGCGUCUCCGCCCUCGCCGGCGAGAUCUCCGCCCUCACGCUCCUCGAGGUCGCCGACCUCACCGAGGAGCUGCGCAAGAGGAUGGGCGUCGAGGAGAUGCCGGCCAUGGCGGUCAUGAUGCCCGGGAUGGGGUUCGCGGCGCGAGGCCCCGGGAGGGCGGGAGCCGGGGGGGCCGGGGCGGCGGCGGAAGAGAAGAAGGCGGAGAAGACGGCGUUCGACCUGAAGCUGGAGGGCUUCGACGCGGCCGCGAAGAUCAAGGUGAUCAAGGAGGUGCGGGCGUGCACGGACUUGGGGCUGAAGGAGGCCAAGGACUUGGUGGAGAAGGCCCCGACGCUGUUGAAGAAGGGCGUGGCGAAGGAGGAGGCGGAGAAGAUCAUGGAGAAGAUGAAGGGAGUUGGUGCCAAAGUCACUAUGGAGUGAGAUUUACUGAAGCAAGUGAAAAAGCACUAGCAGUGGAACCGUGGGAGAUAUUUGGCGCAAGCGACGAUAAAUGAUACCAUUGGUGGCAAUUUUAUUGCCAAGCUUGGAGAUUGCUGUUAUUUCCUCAUAACAUGGAGCUUUCCUUGUUCAAACUGCUUAAUUUUUUAUGAGAGUCUUGGACAAGCAGAUGUUCGGCCUCUGUUGAGCUUUUUCAUACCCAUCAACCUCAAGCUUGUUUUGUGCUUAUAGAUCUGUACCCUGCUGUGGGACAAAGCAGAUGAGGGAUCUAGCUUACUGACCUUGUUAUCACAUACCCGGUGGCGUCUUUCCACUGUUUGCGAGGUGUAUCCUCUGUAACAUUGCCGCAUUCCUCGAAACAAUGGUUGCGAGGUUGGUGUAAGGAACGUCUGAUGGAUUUUUUUA